UAGUAAAGUUUAUCCAAAGUCCAAGUUCAUAGCAAAUCAGAGAAGAGUUACAGCUAAAGCGAAAUGAAAGCAGCAAUUUCAUCUUUGACAAUCUCCAAAAAUCUCAACUUCCACCACCACUCUGCAACUACUCUCUCUCGCUCUUCUCUGCUCAACCCAAAACCACUCUCUCCCACACCUUCCUUCCUCGCUCCCAAACCCACCACCACCAAAGACCUCCACACUCGUAUCAAUUUCACUACAAAGUUCCCUUUUCGCACCAAAACUUUCUCUUCUCCAAUGGCCUGCUCUUACAAGCCCGAACAGGCCCGAGCCCCGCCGGCUCUUCCCUUGCCCGUUCCUCCUGUCACCAAGUUCAAGAUCGGACUUUGUCAAUUAUCGGUGACCCCUGAUAAGGAGAGGAACAUUGCUCAUGCUCGUAAGGCGAUUGAGGAGGCUGCUGGAAAGGGUGCUCAGCUCGUUCUACUUCCAGAAAUAUGGAACAGUCCUUAUUCAAAUGAUUGCUUCCCUGUUUAUGCUGAAGACAUUGAUGCGGGCGGUGAUGCAUCUCCAUCAACAGCCAUGCUUUCAGCAGCUGCUCGGCUUUUGAAGAUCACCAUAGUUGGUGGGUCUAUACCAGAGCGUUCAGGAGAUAAAUUGUACAAUGCUUGUUGUGUCUUUGGUACUGAUGGAAAGCUCUUAGCUAAACACAGGAAGAUACACCUUUUUGAUAUUGACAUUCCUGGGAAGAUUACUUUUAUUGAAUCGAAGACUCUAACUGCUGGCCAGAGUCCUACAAUUGUGGACACAGAUGUGGGAAGAAUCGGUAUAGGUAUAUGUUAUGAUCUUCGGUUCCAGGAACUAGCAAUGAUUUAUGCAGCAAGAGGUGCUCACUUGCUAUGCUAUCCUGGGGCUUUCAACAUGACUACCGGACCUUUGCAUUGGGAAUUACUACAGAGAGCGAGGGCUGUAGAUAAUCAGUUGUAUGUAGCGACUUGUUCUCCUGCUAGAGAUACUGGAUCUGGGUAUGUAGCUUGGGGCCACUCUACUCUCGUCGGACCAUUUGGAGAAGUUCUGGCUACUACAGAGCACGAAGAGACGAUAAUCAUCGCAGAGAUUGAUUACUCCAUUGUUGAGCUUCGAAGGACAAACCUCCCAUUACAGAAGCAGCGGCGAGGGGAUCUUUACCAGUUGGCAGAUGUUCAAAGAUUGAACUCUGAAUGAAUGAACCCGAGACCGGUUUGGACAAAGGGGUUUAUCCAAAAAAGGUUUGGAAGGAAUUGGCUAGAACGGUUUGUCUGAAACAAGGAUUGCUCCCACCAUAUGCCAUUAAAGGAUGUUCCAAUUGUUUGUUUGAAGGUGUUUUUUUUCUUACUUGAACGACAGCAGAUUAUAACCAAUAAACUACAUGUCGUUUUUUGAUUCUACAAAAACGACAUCGGCUGCUGAGAAAAACGACAACAUGUAGUUUAUAAAUAAAUUGUUGUUAAAAACUUCAGACAAAACUAAAGUGUCGUUUCUUUGGGACCAUCCAUUUGUUGCUAAUUGCAAAUGACAUAAAUAUUACUAUAUUAGUUUGAUA